GAGUAGCGAUGACCGGAAGUGAAAGCUGGCCGAGUUCGGGUUGGCUACAUGUGCGACACAUGCCGAGUUAAACUCUCCUGUUUUAACAUGGACCUUAACGCGAAGACAACGAGUUCCCGGUCCCUGCUGUCCUGUGGAAGCGGCGGAGGUCUCAGUGAGAAGCUCCUGCUGAAGCCCAGGUCCCUGCAGACGGAGCGGGUGCCCAGAAGCAGCGUUCUGGAGCGCCUGCAGAGCUUCCUGCCUCAGAUGGCCGAGGCCAACGAGAAGCUGAAGCAGCAGAUGGAGGAGGCUCCUGAAGGACGCUUUGACAUCGAGAACGUGGACGAGGCAGAACGGAUCAUAGAGAUGGAUGUGGCCCUGGUGGAGCUUAACGAGUCAGACAGCGACUCUGAAGACGACGAGGAGACGUCGGAGUCUGAGGGCGAAGAAUCCGACUCCGAGAGCGACGUUGCCGAGGUCACGGAGAGGAACCUCAAACUGCCCGGAGACGGAGGGAAGAAAAAAGCCAACAUUCAGGUCCUGGAGCAGCCAGGGGAGUAGACCGGACAGCUGCAGAGAGUUCUGUUGGAGCGUCCUCUCCGUGGGAGCUGGUGUCUGAAGAAUUACCCCAUAGGAGAACAAGACGGUGGGAAGAAUGCUCCAGCGUGGAGACGGGCGGAUUUCCGUCAUCACUAUGGGAGUUUUAAACAGGGACAGCCCCCUCCUGCCUGUCCUGCUGAAAACCUGCUCUGUCCUUCCAUGUGUUAAGGCCCAAAUCUGUAGACCUUGGGAUUCCUUAUGCUAAGCUAAUUUUUUUGUAAAUCUGCACUUUUUUUAUAUCCGUUAAGUGCAACAGCCUACUUUUCUAUUUUGUUGUCAUUUCAAGGAAAAUAGUUUGAGAACUCCUGUUUAGCAGAACAGCUGGCGAAGGAAUAUGAGAACAGGAAGGGGCAGCGAUAUGCAGAGCCUCACUGAUGAGCACAGCGGAGGAUCUGUAAUGCUGUGGGCCUGCUACUUUUCUAGAGGGAUCAUGUUAUGUGGUGCAGGACAUGAUUUUUUUUUUUUUUUUUUAUAUCAGAUUUUAAGUAGAAAUCUGGGUCUCCCUUAGUAAACUGAAACGGGCUUUCAUUGAGUUGUUCAACAGGACAGUUGCCCAUUAGCUUCUUCCAUAAGUAAAUCCGUUCAGAGACCAGGUCCUGCAGAGAACUGAGAGCUGAAAAGAAGAGCAUAAGAAAGUACCCAGGACUUCCUCUUUAAAGUCAAACUGUGUGAAAUGUUGUGAGGGAAGACGAAGAGCUGACCACCAAAAGUAGCCCCUCUUCUGUUAAUACAACACAUUUUCCAGAAUAUUUUAUGUAAAUAAUAUACUGCUUUAUGUGUUUGUUUUUCCCCCAUUUGAAAAAUAAAUAUUCUCUAAAGUUCUGAUUUGUCCAAAUGCUCCACUUUGACUUUUCCCUACUCCUGCCAGAUGAAUUUAUACCCCAGGCUGCCAAUAAAUCUGGACAAUACUGCAAGUUAAGGUCAGAAGUAAAAUUAUGCAUUUAAGACUAGGAGCCCCAUUAUGAAGAGGCAGAAAUAUAUUUUUAUGUGGUGAUGUAAAUAAAAUUAUAAAUUGAUAAAA